UAUCUCGAUAGAUCAACAUGGCCGCUUGACAGGGUAUGUUUUCUGCUCCCUGGGGCCACUGUAGUGUUUUCAUCAACGGGGGGGCUGCCUUCACUAUUUACCGGACUGUUCCGUGGCUGGACUUUUCUGUCGUCGACACUGCCUCGAAGGACUUUUCCGGCAAAAAAAACAACUUUUCAAACUUUUCGCGCAGUUUUUAUGUCCAGAAAGAAGGAUGCAACCCCCACCGAGAAAGGUCCGGGUCACCCAGGAGCUCAAGCAUACUCACACGGAUCAGAUGAGCCGAUUGCACAUCAAACACCAGACCGAGUGUGACCUCCUGGAGGACCUGAGGACUUUUAGCCAAAAGAGGGCAUCUGUCGAGCGGGACUACGCCCAGGCCCUGCAGAAAUUGGCCAAUCAGUACCUGAAGAGGGAAUGGCCAGAAAGCCCGUCAGAAGAAGAAGCGGAUCACAGGAACAUGUAUUGUGUAUGGAGGGACUACUUGGAGGGUACAGUCCAGGUCACCCAGUCUAGGAUCAGCGCCUGCGACAACUACAAAGUGCAGGUGGCCGACCCGGCCAAGACGGCGAGGCUGCAGAAGGAGCAGCAGCUGCGUAAGUGUAUCGAGCGGUUGACGACCAUACAAGCCGAGCUGCAGGAGUCCGUCAAAGACCUGACCAAGAGCAGGAAGAAGUACCAGGAGGCGGAGACCAUGGCGCAGGCCGUGCGGGAGAAGGCCGAGCUAGAAGCUAAGUCCAAGCUGAGCCUCUUCCAGUCCAGAUCUAGUUUGCAGAGGGCAACUGUCAAGCUGAAAGCUAAGAGGAGCGAGUGCAACUCCAAAGCCGCCCACGCCAGGAACGACUACCUUCUCAUGCUAGCGGCCGCCAACGCUCACCAGCAGCGCUACUACGACACCGACCUCAGCGACUGCCUCAAGGUGUUGGACGGCAGCGUUUACGAGCAGGUGAAAGAUUACCUGGUGGCCCUUUGUCAAACUGAGCUGGAGACCUACAAGGCAGCGCACGACGUCUUCAACCGGCUCUUGGACAGCUCUAACCGGGUGUUGCAAGAGUUCCAUCAGCAGCUGUUCGUACAGAAAAAUCCCGUUUUCCAGAAAUUGUCGGACUUCUCGUACCAACCCAUCGACGAGGACACGGUGACACAUUUGCUGAGAGAGAGCGGCACUGCGGAAGAGCACAGCCUGGACAAGGAGGCCAGGAAGUGGGCCAGUCGCGUGGCCCGAGAGUACAAGAGCAUCAUCCACACGCAGAGGGUUCUGGAGGAAUUCGGCGCUCAGGAGAACUCGGAGCACAACGCGGCAGAGCUCGACACCAAGAUGGAGGUGGCUCGGCAGAGUCUACGGAGGGCAGAGACGGUAAAAGCGAAGGCGGAAGCCCGUUUGGCCUUGCUGAGGGAGGCGGGUGUUGCCGUGGAAACAUGGCUUAAAAGUGCCAUGAACCAGGUGAUGGAGGAGCUGGAAAACGAGCGCUGGAACAACUUUGGCAGCCACGACCCUUCGCUCUCCGGAACCGCCGACCUGGAGCGCGAGGAGGACGAAGAGGAGACGGAGGACAGCGGCGAGGUUUUGGACGACAGCAGCUCCAGCCCCUCCAGCACAUUGAAAAACUACCCUCUCACGUGCAAAGUGCUCUACUCCUACAAGGCAUCUCAGCCCGAUGAGCUGACCAUCGAGGAGCAGGAAAUAUUGGAGGUGAUCGACGACGGCGACAUGGAAGACUGGGUGAAGGCCAGGAACCGGAGUGGACUUGUGGGCUACGUCCCGGAGAAGUACCUGCAGCUGCCGUCCUCCAACAGCCUGCUGAGCAUGCUGCAGUCCUUGGCCGCGCUGGACGCCCGAUCGCACUCGUCCAGCAACUCCACGGAACCCGAAAGUGAGCUCCCCACCGGCUCCAUCAACGGGGACUCCAGCGUGUCCUUCGCCAAGGCUCUGUACGACUACGCCGGGCAGACGGACGACGAGCUCUCCUUCCCCGAGGGCGCCAUCAUUCGCAUCCUAAGCCGGGAGACCCACGAAGACGACGGGUUCUGGGAGGGGGAGUUCAACGGCGUCGUCGGCGUCUUCCCUGCCGUACUGGUGGAAGACCUGGUCGGCGGCAGCGAGGAUGGAGACGGGCAGCGAGAGGACAGCGCUCAGUCUUCACCCUGCACGCUGGCCCACUGCGAGCGCUCCCCCCGCAGCCCUUUCCCCUCUGGGCCGCUCCACAGCAGCCCGCUGCAGACGCCCACAGUGUCAUCCCCGCAGUCCAGCCCCUGCAGCGCCUCGGCCUCGCCAAUCGGCCGACCCCCUUCCUAUCACAACGGGCACCACAGGCCGGCGCCGCACAAAAGCCCCUUUCACAGUCCCGCCCAAGGCUCCCCUCAGCCUCCCAAGUACCCGGAGGGCAGCUCAGGCACCAUUCGACCUGUCCGAGCGGCUCCUCCGCCCCCAAAGCAGCACCCCCGGGGGCAGGUCAAGCGGCGGGAGGAGGUGGAGAUCACGCUGGUGUGAAAGUGACGGCAACCCCGAGUAACUUUUGACCCCGUCCCCCCUCGCCCCCGACCUUCUCUGAGGAAGCUUUGGAGGAGGCCUCUUUCCUCGCCGGGCCAGUGCUUGCUGGAAGAACAAAACCCCGCCUUACUCGGAACCAGGCCAGAACCUAGUAGUCCAACCCAAAUCAUGACAUAUCCAGUGCUCCAUUCUUUAGUUCCAAUCCAGUUUGAAUCAAGUUUUUGGGGGCGGGGCAAGGCUGGACUUGGCCUCCGCCCCUUCCCCCCUUACCCGAACUGGUAGCUUGUGCGUGCGUUUUACGCAAGAAAGGGAAAAGUGGCAAUGUCAGGGAAGGUGAAAACAAUGGAUCCCCCGCCAUCAACUAUAUUAGUUUGCAGGAUGUUUAAGGGAAGUGUAACGUUCAUUUUAACGUUAGUUCCCACGUAUCAUUUAGUAGGGAGCCAUCUUGAUUUUUUUUUAUUUUUAAAUACUGUCGCAAUGAAGCACUUUUCGAUGUCUUCUUAUUCCUUCUCAGUAUUGAUCAGUUGUGGACGCUACUUUGUUGAGAUUGUGUACCAGUCUUUAUUGGUAUGAAUACUUUUCCGUGUUAUUAGCCUUAAAUAGCCAUCAUAGCGUUGCCUUGGUAAUGACAUCACGUUUUAGUUUACAGUUUAUUAGGCUGUCUGUGCAAACGUUAGCAUUUUUAACUUUAGCCUUUAGAGUUAGGUUUUAGGAAAAACAAGCUUUAGUUCACAUUAAUCCGCAGAAGAAUCUGUCAGCCAUGUUGCUGUUUUCUUGUUGAUCUCCUUGAGAUCUGUAUGACAUCAAACUUAUUUUUGAAGUUUGCAUUUACCAUCUUGUAUUGUUAAAAAAAAAAGGCUUUUUUUGUUUAGUUUUUGUUUUGUUUUUUUUGUUACAUGUUUGGUUCCACAAAGUUAGCCAAGCGUCACAUUUACACACAAGUUUAUGUUUAACAGUAUUUAUUGUGUAUAAAUAAAUGUGAAAUAAAUCUA